AUCUCCGCACGCGUGGUGGCGCGUGGCGCGUCACUGCUCAUCUCGAGUGCGUCUGGCGGCGUUCUGCGGAGGUAUAAAGGACCCCGGGCGCGCGGCGGGCGCACGCUCAGCGCCAUGCAGUCCCUGAGCUUCGUCCUCGCCCUCGCGGCCCUCGCGGCCUGCGCCAACGCUGGCGCCGUGAGCAGCGGCCGCUCCCUCAACCCCAUGGUGUGGCCCAUGCCCAAGCUGGGCGUGGCCCUCAGCCCCGAGAUCAUCGGGGGCGACGACGCCGACCAGGGCGAGUUCCCCCACCAGGUGUCCAUGCAGAUCUCCUUCCUGUGGGUCAUCGAGCAGCACAUCUGCGGCGCCACCGUCAUCAGCGAGUCGUGGGUGCUGACGGCCGCCCACUGCAUCAAGGGCACCCCGUGGUACACCAGCAACUUCAUCCUGGCCGGCAAGACCAACCUGGGCCGCACCGAGGAGGGCCAGCAGCGCCGUGACGUCAAGAAGCGCUUCGUGCACGAGAAGUACCAGUGGAACCACAACAACGGCGUGGGGCCCUUCGACAUCGGUCUGCUGCUGCUCAAGAGCCCCCUGCAGCUCAGCGACACCGUCAAGAUCGCCAGGCUGCCCGUCCAGGGCGCCAUCCCGUCCGGUGUCGCCAUCCUCUCCGGCUGGGGCAGCACGAGCACGAGCCAGACCCCCGUCAUGCCCAGCCAGCUCCAGAAGGAGACGCUCCCCAUCAUCUCGUUCGAGGACUGCAACGCCUUCAUGGAGGCGGCCAGCCAGGGCGAGGAGAACCCGCUGCGCGACACCAACGUCUGCGUCGGCUACCUCGAGACCAAGGGCCAGGGCGCGUGCAGUGGCGACAGCGGCGGCCCCCUCAUCCAGAAGGACGGCGAGGACGUCGUGGUCAUCGGCGCCACCUCCUGGGGCUUCUUCCCCUGCCAGGACCAGCCCGCCCCGUCCGUGUACACCCGCGUGUCCGCGUACGUCGACUGGAUCCAGGAGAAGAUGCAGAAGAACAAGUAGACAAUAAAGAAAAAUAAACAAG